GCACGUUUGGUUGUUGGCUUCCCAGUGUGUGAUUUCUGGGACUGGCCAUUGGUGGUAUUUUAGUGUGUGCAAAAAGGGGGGAAAAGGGGGAAAAAAAAACUGUGGUUUUAUUAUUAACCGUUUGUAAGGAAACAGACGUCGCUCGGUUUUUUUUCCCCCCCCACUUUUAUUUUUUUUUGUACAUUUUUUUUUAUUUGGGGGGAUCCAUCAAGUAACCAUGCCCAAGAGAAAGGGUGAAACAGAUUUAAAAGAUGAGCCAAAAAGAAGGUCGGCAAGGUUGUCAGCUAAACCUUCUCCCCCAAAACCAGAGCCCAAACAAAAGAAGGCACCAACUAAAAAAGAGAAGGCAGCCAAUGACAAGAAGGAGGAUAAUAAAAAAGCACCAGCAAAAGGAAAAAAGGGAGCGAAGGGCAAGGAGGAGACUAAUCAGGAGGAUACAAAGGAAGAAACUCCCUCUGAAAAUGGAGAAGCCAAAAAUGAUGAGGCACAGUCUGCUGAAAGCAGUGAAGAGAAAGAAGCCAAGACAGAGUAACUGCAUCUGCCUGUCAUCUCCAUCAAUGGCAUCCAUACCUCCAUACUGUAUUGUUAACAGAGAGGAAUAUUUUUAUCAACUAUUUUAUAAAUACAAGGUUUUUUUUAGCAUGAAUUUAAUUAUGGAAACACCCACAUCUCAAGAUUAUUUGGGGGUAUGAAAACCCUAAAGAAUCAUUGUUUUAACAUUUUGUGAUUGUUGUAGCUAGUGUGGUACGUGGGACAAGUAAAUGGUGGUAGUUAAUUGACUUCUGUCAAAAUGUCUGUCUUGUGUCAUUUUCAAAGGUCUGAUAUUUUAAUUCACCGGGGUUUUUUUUUUGGUGUUAGGCUACUACAAUUGGGGAAGAAUAAGCAGAAAGUUGUUGUCUAUGUCAAAAACAUUCCAGUGGUUUUGUGGAUUAGUUUUGUAACCAGGUAAAAUAUUUUGGUGAAAAGAAAUAAACACAUGGGGCCUGGAAAUCUGAUGUGAAAAAUAUUUUAAUUUUUGAUUUGUCAUUUUUGUAAAGAAAAUCUUUGCAAAUCAUGUAAAACUAGUUUCUAAUGGAAAAUGAACAUCUUUUAAAGGGCAGAUGGCUGUGUGUACCCACUUCCUGUCAGAAUUUUUGCUGGAUUUACCUUAAUAAAAAAACUCCCCAAAGUUUCUCUACA